AUGGCUUGUGGGUGUUCAUCAACAGCAGUGGCAGAAAAGAUUUCAUGGAACUCUGCAGUGUUUGUGGCACUAAUGCUGCUGUUCAGUAGCUGCGAGUCAAACACAAGAGAUUUCACGAAUCAGAUGUUUGAGGAGUGUGUCAACAACGGCAAUUAUAAGGUGUGUGAUGAGAUUUACGUGGUUCGUGAGGGAGAGACCCUUCAAACGAUCAGUGAAAAAUGUGGGGAUCCUUAUAUUGUUGAAGAAAACCCACAUAUCCAUGACCCUGACGAUGUUUUCCCUGGCCUAGUUAUCAAGAUUAACCCCUUCAACUAUAGACCAUAA